CGAUGGCUGGUCUGACAUCAACACACUGGACUCCUCUGCUCAGUUCUGUCAAACUGACCAUGCACUCUCAGAAUGAAAGGCCAAAUUAGAUUUGAACUUGAAUUUCAGGUCUAUACCAGGUAACGUCAAUUUGAGAGGCACUAACGAUGGCUGACGGUAUUGAUCAGUCCAUGGACAUUUUGGUCCCAAUUUCGUGGUGUAACAGCAACUUCAGCUUGAGGCCCCAAGCCUUGUUUGCACCUGAUCCUGCCGAACAAGAUUGCGCCAAACAAACUACAUGCAACGGUUGCAUAGGAGUCAGAAGUAGCAAGGGCUUGGUUUGUGGGUUCAACAUAUCCGGCCAGUGUGUCGGUCGAUCUACUGCCUCUCCUGACUCUCUGGCCAAGACACCCGCUGAAUGCAAGGCCUUUGAAGAAAAACAAAGGCAGGAACACGAAAAAGACGCUGAAUUUACCAAAAAUGCCAAAAAGGAAUGGGAAAAGAUCAAACCCCAUGUAUUUGGCACCGAGAAGGGGCAGAGCAACACCUCUGGCAGACAUCUGGCAACUGCGUUGCUCAAAGUUCCCGCCAACCGGAAGGCAGAAAGGAACAAGAACGAAGAAACCGGCAUUUCCAUUUUCACGUUUAGAGUCGGUAGGCCCAACCAAAAAAUCAAGACAACCUGGGAUGACGAUGUCGAAGACCCAAAGUAUACUCACGACCAGGUAGAUGACAUGUGUGUGGACGCAAUCAAGGCAGUAUUGAAGAUGGAAAAGUCGAGCGAGUUACCCAAAAGCCACACUAAGGUUAUCUCCAUUUCCGUUCCAUCUCCCCGCGGCAUGAACCUCUGCAUCAGUGUGCAGGGAAACACAAGCGUGUUUCCUGGAUCUAUUCGUGCGACCGAUGUUGCUAUUGGUCAACCUUGCAUAGCCGAUGCAGGAGCUGUCGAUGAUACUGAGUAA